AUGGCAAAAAUGUCCAGCCCUACUGAGACUGAGCAGUACAUCGAGUCUCUGAUUGUUGUUUUCCAGAAGUUUGCUGAAAAGGAGAGUAACAACUGCAUGCUCUCCAAGGCAGAGUUCCUUACCUUCUUGAAUACAGAAACAGGACUGGCUGCCUUUACAAAGAACUAGAAGGACUUUGGUGUCCUUGACCACAUGAUGAAAAAGCUAGAUCUCAACUCUGACGGGCAACUAGAUUUCCAAGCAUUUCUUAAUCUUCUUGGUGGCGUGGCCAUGGCUUGCCAUGACUCCUUUUUAAGGACUACCCAUUUCCAGGAGUAA